AACCUUAGCAGAUGGGGAUUGUCUUCAAGUUCAGAAUGCUCCUUUUGUCUUGGCCCAGAGUCAUUAUUGCACGUGGUCGCUGGAUGUCAGUGUUAUCUCAAUCGAUUUACGUGGAGACACAAUUCAAUCCUGAACUUCCUUGCCAAUACCUUGCAAACUGUGAACGGUUCUGCCCUCUACGCUGAUGUGCCUGGAUUCAAAAGUCCUUCAAUAAUAACUGGUGAUACGUAUCGCCCGGAUUUGUUGCUAUCGUUAUCAAAUGACAUCUCUUUAUGUGGUCGAGACAAACCUCGAGAACAACGUUAA